AGAGAGAGAGAGAGAGAGAGAGAGAGAGAGAGAUGGGUUCCCUUCCUCACAUAGUAGAGGACUGCAGCGGCGUCCUCCAGGUCUACAGCGACGGCACCAUUUUCCGAUCAAACGACAUAAACCUACACCUCAACAUGCCCAUCCACCACGACGACUCUGUUCUCUGGAAAGACUCUCUCUUCGACAAAACCCACAACCUCCAUCUCCGCCUCUACAAACCCACUUCCACCUCCACCACCACCACCACCACCACCACCAACCUCCCAAUCAUCAUCUUCAUCCACGGCGGCGGUUUCUGCGUCGGCUCCCGAACAUGGCCCAACUGCCACAACUGCUGCCUCCGCCUCGCUUCCAGCCUCCAAGCCCUCGUGGUGGCGCCGGACUACCGUCUUGCGCCGGAACACCGCCUUCCCGCCGCCAUCGACGAUACACUCACCGCUGUGGAUUGGAUCAGAGAACAAGCUGUGUCGGAAAAUCCUGAUACUUGGUUCGGUAGUGGAGUUGAUUUUGGGAGGGUUUUUGUAUUGGGUGACUCGUCUGGUGGGAACAUUGCGCACCAUUUGGCGGUGAGGUUAGGGAAAGGUUCGCCGGAGAGGGAGCCGGUGAAGGUGAGAGGGUUUGUGUUGAUGGCGCCGUUUUUCGGAGGGACUGUGAGGACCAAGUCGGAGGCUGAGGGACCGCCUGAACUCUUGCUCAACUUGGACGUCCUUGACAGGUUUUGGAGGCUAUCGAUACCGGUUGGAGACACUGCAGACCAUCCACUUGCCAACCCAUUUGGGCCAGCUAGCCUAGAUCUUGAACCAAUGACGCUUGACCCUAUUUUGGUGAUUGUAGGAGGCAGUGAACUGAUGAAAGAUAGAGUGGAAGACUAUGCAAGAAGGUUAAAAGAGAUGGGAAAGAAGAUUGAUUAUGUGGAAUUUGAAGGAAAGCAACAUGGUUUCUUCACAAAUGAACCCUACUCGGAUGUGGCUAAUAGAGUCCUUCAAGUUAUCAAGGACUUCAUGUUUGUCAACUCCAAUUAGGACCAUCUUUGUUACUUGUGUUGGGUUUGAAUUUGUUGUGUAUGCGCUAGCAAUUUAGUUUGUAUUUGUUUUUUUGGGUAUUCAUUUUUGUGAAACAUACAUUUGUUGUGCUGUUUAUCUCGUAUCAACUCAAUUAAGUUAUACGACAAUUGUCGAUUUUAAAAGUAUUAGAGCUUCAAUUUCGUAUGAAAUCUAUUACGUUUCGUUCUUCA